AUGGCGGAGCACCACGAGCACGAGGAGGCGAAGGGUGAAUCGUUGUUGGACAAGAUUUCCGCGAAGAUCCACGACCACGAUUCUUCGUCUUCGUCGGAUUCCGACAACGAGAAAACCGGGCCCUCUGAUUCCUUCAAGUCAAAGGUUUUCAGGCUUUUCGGAAGGGAAAAGCCCAUUCACCAUGUUCUUGGCGGUGGAAAACCGGCUGAUGUUUUUCUAUGGAGAAAUAAGAAGAUAUCAGCAUCGACACUCGGAGUUGCUACAGCUAUAUGGGUUCUGUUUGAAUUGCUUGAGUACCAUCUUCUCACUUUGGUUUGUCACUUCGUGAUACUUGCUCUCGCGGGGUUGUUCUUGUGGUCCAAUGCAUCUACAUUCAUCAACAAGAGUCCGCCCAAGAUCCCACAGGUGCACAUUCCAGAGCAGCCUGUAUUACAAUUUGCCUCUGCUCUGAGAAUUGAGAUCAAUCGGGCUUUUUCAGUAUUAAGGGAUAUUGCAUCUGGAAGGGAUCUCAAGAAGUUCUUAUCUGUUAUUGCUGGACUAUGGGUUUUCUCUAUUCUGGGGAGUUGCGCUAACUUCUUGACGUUGUUUUACAUAGCUUUUGUUUUGCUCCACACUGUGCCUGUGAUAUAUGAGAAAUAUGAAGAUCAAGUGGACUCUUUUGGUGAGAAGGCGAUUGCCGAGAUUAAGAAGCAAUAUGCAGUGUUUGAUGCCAAGGUUUUGAGCAAGAUACCCAAAGGACCUUUAAAAGAUAAAAAGAAAGAUUGA